AUGUUUAACAGACACAUCAAAUCUAUUGUUAAACUGAGAAUUUUUACUGGUAAAUUGGGAUCAAAUUCAUUAACCCUUCCAAACAUGGUACACAUGAUGGAGAGAAGGAAUUUUCACACUUGUUUUUCAUCACAAUCCACCACAAUAACUCCACAACAAUUUCAUGAGAAGGAAUCCGAAGAGCAACAACUCAUCAUUAAACUCAAGAUGGCUAAAUCAAAAGGUGGAGCUGCUCUCAACAAGAAGGAGGUGAAUUUAUUUGUGGAAUUGAAAUUAAACAUUAAUGAUCUAGGUAAACUAAAGAAGGAAAUUGAUCAAGUGGAAUUUCAAAAAGCAAUUGAAAAAUUUAAUAGAAAAAUUGUUGAAAAAUCAAAACAUAUGGAUGAGAGGAUGAAUGAAAAGAUUGACAUGACACAAUUUUCAAUCAAAUUGGGAGAAUUUGUUAUUCAAAAGAAUGUCAAGAAAAGUAAUGUUGUUGAAUUUCCAAUCAACUUUGAGAAUUUUCAAGAUUGGAAUAAGAAGAGAACUCUUUUAUUGAUGAAAACUCCAACUUUAAGAGAUGGAGCUGGUUUAACAACAAAAGAAAUUCAAUUCCUCAAACAAUUCCAUUUUGAUGGAAAGGUUCUCCAGUCCAUUGUGAAACAUAUAGAAAAGAAACCCAAUAAUAUGAAUUUUGAUCGAGUGUUGUAUAAUAACUUAUCAAAGGCAAAAAUCAAACCAACUGUUAAAACAGUUACUAAAAUAUUAAGCUGGAUUGAAGCUCACUUGAUUGGGGUUGAUCUAAACAAGAGAAAACACACAAUAGGGCGUAAGAAAGAACAAUCAGUUUCAAGAAAUAUUGAGGAAAAAAGAAGAGAAAACACAAGCUUGCUUGAGGAAUAUGAAACUGAAUUGGAAGAAUUGCAAGAAUCCAUUGAAAAUCACCUUCUUUCAGAAGAUGAAUCUUCUCACUUGAGAAAACUUUUGAAAGAAAAGGAAGAGCUUAUCUCAGAAUUGAAAGAAACCCUGAAAGAGUUGGCUGAAAAAUAUUGA